GUCAGUGUGAGGGAAUGCUGGACACCCACAGAAAACAAGGGAGUCUACGGGAAGAACAGCUCCAAAGCUCCCAAUUCCUCCUCCUCCAGCUGCCUCCUCAUCUUGGAACAACCAGAUGUCAGAAACUGAGCUGGGAAAGAUAAAAAUCAGAGCAGCAGAGAAUUUUGAAAAUGAUAAAAAUAAUAUUUCUUGGUUGAAUGAAGAAUUAUCCAGUUCAAGCCAAAAUCCUCUUCAAGAUUCUGAUACUCAACUCACAAAUGAAAAGCACUCAGAUGAGAAAUCUGUUAAGGGCAUCAUUAUAAAUUCGGUAUCUGAAUUCAAUACUGCCGAUGCACCAUCCAAGGAAGCCCCCAAUGAGAAAAAACUGUCGGCAUCGAGCGCAUCAGGAUCUUCUCUUGAAGAGUGCCAAACCAAAUUCUCAUACCUCCAAAACGAUACAUCAGUUCAUCGGAGACGCCACGAUGAUGAAUGUGCCUCACUUAUCCUCACCUGUCUGUUUUGCCAGUUUUUGGAUUGUCUUCUAAUGCUGCCUGAUACUUGUGAAACUGUGUGCAUAAAUACGUGCUGCCCAUCGCAUCGAUACCAUCAUACCUCAGACGAGAGUCACCCCAGAAACGACUGCAAUUGCAAUUGUGAUGUUGACUGCAGCCUGUUUGAAUCUUGUCACGAGACAAGCGAAUGCUUAGAGCUGGCCAUGGAGAUUUCAGAAAUCUGUUACCGCUAACAUAAGAAAGCACCAGAUCCCCUUAAAAAAAAAAUAACUACUCUUUGAUUUCCUAGAAAUUUCCCAUAUGACCAGGAUGUGAGGUCUAUUUGUUAUAAACAUCUUGGACUCUGCAUAUCACAUUAUCUUGCAUCUAUUUGGGAAGAAUUGCAUUCUGCACGAAAGGUCCUUGUUCACAAUUUCACAACUGCACGACACUGACAAAUACAAUCUUUAAUCAUAGAUGAAACACAAAUCCAAAACAACCAGCACAACAUGUUUUCACUGCAUUCCUGCUUCCCAGCUGGCAUGCCAAUCCCCUCUUUCUGCGACUACAUUCACCAGCUUGCGCCAUGGAUUCAGCCCUAUUCCCAAAUUCAGGGCGAACUGGGGCACGUUUUUAGGACUGACAUCCAUACAUUAGCUCCUCUUCUUAAUAGACUCAUACAUAAACAUCAUGCUUUGUUGGUUCCUAUUAAUAAUGGAUGAUAGAACAUCAUUUUAUAAUUAAAAAUUUAUUUAUACAAUCCCUUAAAACUCACUUAUAUGUUCAGUUUAGGUAGAAAAGGGAAUUAAAUGAUUAGGAACCAUGUUGCUGUAAUUACAGCCGAUGUCUCUGAAACAUCUCUGGUGGAUUUGGAGUCUGAUGUGCUUCGUCGGAGUGCUGUAAUUCUAGACCAUAUUAAUCUGUGUCUAUGAUUAUGCCAUAACAGGUUAUGUCUAUUUUUAAUUUGUUACAGGAAGGUUCUCCUUAGUUCUAAUGAGCAUUAAUGGGAACUGUGUGCAUGUUUCAGGAGAAUGACCUCGGUUAAUCAAUUGCUUCUUUUCCUGAUUUCUGUUCAUAGGGUAAACAGGAGAUUGUGAAAGAAACUACAGCUUUCUUAACUUGAAUUCCUACAAGCACUAAAAAGACAUAAAAAUA